CGAAGAACUAAUAAUAGACGGAAUAACUACAAGCACACCACUGGGUCGCGGUGACCAUGUGACUCUACUGUUUAACUAUAUAGGUUACGCGGAAUAUCUUGAGGAAGAGGAUGAUAAGUAUGUACGGUCCCACACUACAACCGGCUAUCCGCGCAUGUUAAGAACGUAUCUUGGACAUUCUUAACUGAAAGCCACCAAGAAAGCGUCUGAGACACUUUCACAAGAACAUUUAUCAUACUGGAAAUGCGCAUGUCUGAGCAGAAAUCCUUCCAUCGUCAAAGGAGAAGGAAGUCAUUUCUGAGGAGCAGACCACGCAAAUGCAUGUCACUGAGGGACUUAGCAUGGAGAGCUCACAAGGACUCCCAGAAUUCCGAAACCUGGACUGCUUAUGUGGCACAGCGUAACAUCUGUGUGAGUGUGAUCCGCGAGGACAAAAUGACACAUCAGCAGGAGUUAAGUAAGGGAUACCGCACGAAUCGCAAACGCUUGUAUAGACAUGUUAAUGGCCUUCGUAAGAUGCAACGCGGAGUUCCAGCGCCGCUCACUACUGACGAGUGCACGCGACCAGCAACUGAAGCAGCCGAUCUCAUACGGUUCCAUUACUCACAAAUGUUCUUAAAGAAUAAUGAACCUAACGGUUAUCCUUGUUUCUACUGUCCUACCAUCAGCUUUAUGCAAUACUACUUUUAGUUAAGUGUCAAAAAACUGUUGUUCCUGCGUAUCCACAGCUCUUCUGGUGUCGAUAACAUUCGACCGAAGGCUUUAAAGACAGCAGCCACUGAUCUAGCGGAACAUCUGGCCAUAUUCUAUCAGAGCUGUAUGGAAGAGAGCCACAUUCCAACAAUAUGGAAACGAGGGGUCAUUACUCCUAUUCCUGAUGGAGGUAGCCAC